AUGGAUAUCGCAACAGGUCCCGAGUCCUUGGAGAGGUGUUUUACGCGGGGCCAGUCGGACUGCUCAAAGAUGCUGGACGGUAUUAAAAUGGAAGACCACCCUCUGCGCUCGGGUCCGGCCACGUUAGGAGUGCUGCUGGGGUCGGACUGCCAGCACCAGGCCGUCUGCGAGGGCUGCCAGCGGCCCAUCUCGGACCGGUUUCUGAUGCGGGUGAACGAGUCCUCCUGGCAUGAGGAGUGCUUGCAGUGCGCGGCGUGUCAGCAAGCCCUCACCACCAGCUGCUACUUCCGGGACCGAAAGCUCUACUGCAAGCAGGACUACCAACAGCUGUUUGCUGCAAAGUGCAGUGGCUGUAUGGAAAAGAUCGCCCCAACAGAAUUCGUGAUGAGAGCCCUGGAGUGUGUUUACCACUUAAGCUGCUUCUGCUGCUGCGUUUGUGAACGGCAGCUGAGGAAAGGGGACGAGUUUGUUCUUAAGGAAGGGCAGCUGCUCUGCAAAAGUGACUAUGAAAAAGAGAAGGACUUGUUGAGCUCGGUCAGCCCAGACGACUCAGACUCAGUUAAAAGUGAUGAUGAAGAUGGAGAUGUUAAACCCACCAAAGGACAAGUGGCCCAAGGAAAAGGAAGUGAUGAUGGGAAGGACCCAAGAAGACCUAAACGACCAAGAACAAUACUUACUACGCAGCAGAGACGAGCAUUCAAAGCAUCCUUUGAAGUGUCUUCCAAGCCCUGUAGGAAGGUCAGAGAAACACUAGCAGCUGAAACAGGACUCAGUGUGCGAGUUGUCCAGGUCUGGUUUCAAAACCAAAGAGCAAAGAUGAAAAAACUUGCACGAAGGCAUCAGCAGCAGCAGGAGCAGCAAAACUCGCAGCGACUAGGGCAAGAAGUAAUGUCCAACCGAAUGGAAGGGAUGAUGACAUCUUACACACCACUUGCACCACCACAGCAGCAGAUUGUAGCAAUGGAUCAAAGCAGUUAUGGCACAGACCCAUUUCAGCAGGGUCUUACCCCUCCACAAAUGCCAGGCGACCACAUGAACCCUUAUGGGAACGACUCCAUUUUUCAUGAUAUCGACAGUGAUACCUCUUUAACUAGCUUGAGCGACUGUUUUCUUGCCUCUUCCGAAGUUAACUCCAUGCAGGCUAGAGUAGGAAACCCCAUUGACAGGCUGUACUCUAUGCAGAGCUCCUAUUUCGCCUCAUGAAAGUAACAGAGAACAAGCAGCCGGCGCGUAUUUAGCCAGUGACUUUUUCCAGUGCAGACUCUACAGCCAUAUGUUGCCCAGCUCUUCCUUCACAGUGACUCCUGCUGCCUCUGGACUGCAAAGAGCAUUUUUAGGAAGACUCUAUCUGUGUGCAUAUAUGUGUAUGUAUGUAUAUAUAUAUUACUAGCUACCUACAUACAUACAUAUAUAGAGAGAAACAAAACACAUCCACCAGUCCCAUCCCCUUGAUUCCCAGCUUGCACCAGACCACGAGACAAGCACAGAAGGAACAGAAGACCCUGCUCAUCAGCAGCCUUUGGUUUGGUUUGAGCUCAUCAUUGUAAAGGAAAUGGAUUUUGUGGAAAGCCAGACCUU